AUGGGAUUUAUUUCUAAUACAAUUUGUGGAUAUAAUACAAGAAAGACAAUUCGUUCAUCAUCCUUAUCACUUGUUAAUAAAUUUCGUUCCUCAUUAUCAUUAUCACCAUCAUUAUCAUCAUCAUAUCAUCAUCAUCAUCAUCGUCAUCGUCAUCAUUCGUCAUCAUCAAUUUGCAUACAACGAUGUCAAUCCACCAAAAUAACAAAUAAUAAUAAUUUAAAUACUAAAAGCAUAACAAAUAAUAUUCUGCAACAAUCCGAUGAAAAUGUAUGCAAUGAUGACGGAUUACCAAUUCAAUCCUAUCGUCAUUCAACAUUUCGACCGUAUCCGAUACCACAAGGAGAUCAGAAUUCAUUCCGGCCAUGUCGUUCGCAUGAAAGUUUACUAGCUUACUCAUCUGCUACACAUACGAUCGAUUUAGAUGGAACAGAAAAGCAAAUUCAUUCCAUUCAUCCAUCAGUUGUUGAUGUAUCGAAUUGCUUCAAAGCGGAAAAUACCUAUUACAGUUGUGAUUCACGUGAACGCAUCGAAAGGUUAAUUAAUUAA